GCAGUGUCCGAGUCACACACAUUCUAACACCCCUAAUCCAAACAACCCCACGUCCCUUGUCUCCCCAGGCCCUUGCAGCGCGACGAUGGGCAUGUCUUUUCCCACCAGCGCGGCGUUCACGGCCUCUCAGUCAAACAGCUCCCACUGUGAGAUCCAAGAUGGCUUCCUGGCAGUGACCCUCCCCGUGAUGUACUCCCUCAUCUUCAUCAGCGGGCUGCUCAGCAACAUGCUGGCCCUCUGGGUGUUCUGGUGCCACACGCAGAGGAGCACCUCCAUCACGGUGUACAUGAGGAACCUGGCUCUGUCGGACCUCCUGCUCUCCCUCUGCCUGCCCUUCCGGGUGGCCUAUCAAAACCAGAGUGGCCCUUUGAUCCUCUGCACCAUUGUCGGGGCUUUCUUCUACCUCAACAUGUACGUCAGCAUCAUGUUCCUCAGCCUGAUCAGCCUGGACCGCUACCUGAAGAUCAUUCGGCCUCUCCGGCAGUUUAAGAUCCACACGGUGCCUUGCAGCACCCUCGCUGCCAGGGUGGUUUGGCUGGCCUAUGCUGUUUUCACGCUGCCUUUCUUUUUCGAGACUAGGGGAGCAGGGGCCUGUGCCGACAAGUGCUUCCACUUCAGGAGCAAACGCCCACUGGGGGCAGCUCUCAACUUGGUCGCUGUGGCCACCUUCUUCAUUCACCUGCUGCUCUUCCUCUAUUUCUAUGGCAAGAUCUCGGCCAAGCUGCAGAAAGUGUCUUCAGGGAAAGCCCAGCAGCAGGGCAGAAGGCCAGGGAGUAGGGCCAUCACAAGAACCGUUGUGGUCCUGGCCAUCUUCAGCGUGUGCUUUGCCCCCUACCACGCUGUGCGUGUGCCGUACGUCCUGGCCCAGCUGGACGUCAUCUCCAGCACGCAGUGGAAGCAGGCUCUCCACCUCGCCAAUGAGCUUGUCCUCUGUAUCUCGGCCCUGAACAGCUGCCUGGACCCCGUGAUUUUCUUCUUCUUCUCCAGCAGCUUCAGGAGAGCCGUGCACGGCACCAUCCACGGCAAGCUGAAGAGAGUUGUUCUGAGGAACCAGGGGGCCUUAAACCACAGUAAAUCCAUCACAGAGCCAGGGCUGGAGUAA